AUGAACAAGGUCCACAAUCUCUCCAGUGGGUCCAGCCUGAAGCUGCAGGAGUUGGAGUCAGAGAUAGACUUGAAACAAGUUCUGCUUCUGUUUUAGUAUUUUGCCAGCAUGUAUCUCCUGACAGCAAUGAGCAUGGAGAGGUGCCUGUCUCUUUUGUUCCCAGUCUGGUACUGGUGUCACUGCACAAAGCACUUGUUGGGUUUAAGCACUGUGAAUUUUCUCAUUUUCUCUUUAUUCCCAUUCCUUUGCAACCUGUCCCUGUUGAUCAAACUCCAAUGUGGCUCAAUGUCUUACCUGCUGGCAUCGCUGAACAGCAGCAUCAACCUGGUCAUUUACUUCCCAGUAGGGAGCUGCCGGCAGCGCUGGUUCCAGAGCUCUGCAAAAGUCACCCUCAGCCAAGAGUUCAAAGAGAAAGCAACAAGCGAGGAGGAGAGCCACAUACGGUUAAAUCAUUCUGAGAAAAGUACGGGUUCGCUAGUGCUGGAGGAUUAUGAAUGGCGUGUUCCCGGCACUCGUGUUUGGGCCAAGAAGUUCACACAAGGUGCUGUUUUCCAGCUCUGCUCCAGGAGAACACGGCUCAUUGCAGCAGACUACAGCUGGCUGGCGAGACACCAUGUCCUGGGGGUUGUCACCUCCCUGCUGGCGUUUCUCGGGGACUGGACAGCACAGUAA